AUGAAGUUUAUGAAACUUGGAUCCAAGCCGGAUUCCUUACAGACUGAUGGGAAAAUCAGAUAUGUGGCUACAGAGUUGGCGACGGACUUUGUUGUUAAUGUAGGGGAUGUGAAAUUUUAUCUCCACAAGUUUCCUCUUUUGUCUAAAAGUGCACACUUACAGAAGUUGGUUUCGUCUUCUAAUGAAGGAAAUGGCGACGAGGUCCGCAUUCAUGACAUUCCGGGCGGAUCAAAUGCCUUUGAAAUAUGUGCUAAGUUUUGUUAUGGAAUGAUCGUCACUCUCAAUGCUCAUAAUGUUGUUGCUGCACGUUGUGCAGCAGAAUAUCUCGAAAUGCAUGAGACGAUUGAGAAAGGGAACCUUAUCUACAAAGUUGAUGUUUUCUUGAACUCUAGCAUUUUCCGAAGCUGGAAGGAUUCGAUUAUGGCUCUUCAGACAACAAAGUUUCUGCUACCUUUGUCUGAGGAACUGAAGUUAAUCAGUCACUGCAUUGAUGCAAUUGCUUCCAAGGCCUCGGUUGAUGUCUCCAAAGUAGACUGGUCCUAUACCUAUAACCGAAAAAAAAUCCUGGAGGAAAAUGGAGAUAAUCCCUUGUGGAACGGCGUCAGAAGCCGAAUGGUGCCAAACGAUUGGUGGGUGGAGGACUUGUGUGAUCUCGAAAUAGAUUUGUAUGAGAGAGUUAUUGUUGACAUUAAAGGCAAGGGGACAAUACCAAAUGAAGUGAUUGGAGAAUCUUUGAAAGCUUAUGCUUAUAGAAGGUUCCCAGGCUCUACAAAGGGCGUAGUACAGGUCGAUGAUGUUUCGAAGUUCUGCUUAGUAUUGGAUACAAUCGUGUGUCUUUUACCUACAGAAAAAGGCAGUGUUUCGUGUAGUUUCUUGCUGAAGUUGUUGAAAGCAGCUGUUUCAGUUGACUCAGGAGAGAUGGUGAAGGGAGAACUUGUAAAAAGAAUAGGGCAGCAAUUGGAGGAGGCAUCCGUGAAUGAUCUGUUAAUUCUAGCUCGUAAUGGAGAGGUAACCAUGUAUGAUGUCGAUAUAGUUCAGAAAAUAGUCGAAGAAUUCAUGAUACAAGACCGAGAUGCUGAAACUGAAAUGGAAAAUGACAAUGAAAGUUGGGAGAAUAGAAAGCCGGGGAUUUUGUCAGAAGCUUCAAAGCUAAUGGUGGUAAAGGUAGUUGAUGGUUACCUUGCUGAGGUUGCGAAGGAUCCCAAUCUUCCUUUGUCAUGUUUCAUUGAUCUCGCAGAGAUGGUUUCUAGCUUUUCUCGACCUGCACAUGAUGGCCUGUAUCGAGCAAUUGAUACAUAUCUCAAGGAGCACCCCGGGAUCAACAAGAACGAAAGAAAGAGAUUAUGCAAGCUGAUGGACUGCAAGAAGCUCUCGGCAGAUGCAUGCAUGCACGCGGUCCAAAAUGAGAGACUUCCUAUGCGUGUAGUCGUACAGGUACUCUAUUUCGAGCAAGUCCGGGCAGCUGCAUCGUCUGGCAGCAGCACUCCUGAUCUCCCUAAAGCUAUUAAAGACCUUAACUGUGGCUCAAAUGGGAGCUCGAGAUCCACAACAGCGAAUACAGAUGAAGAUUGGGACGCUGUAGCGUCAGCCGAAGAUCUUCGCGCAUUGAGAGGUGAGCUGGCAGCUUUAAGAUUAGGAAAUGGAGUAGUUCAUGAGAGAAAUGCUGACAAGGCUUCCAUUAGUAAAAUGAAAGGUUUGAUGAUGUCGAAGAAAAUCUUUUCGAAAAUCUGGUCGAGAAAAACUGGCCAGGGUGAAAACAGUGGCUCGGAUUCAACCGAGAGCCCUGGUUCGUCGAACAAUCUUGAAGAAAUGAAGUAUACACCCUCGAGAAGUGGUAGGCAUUCUGUAUCUUAG